AUGUCUGACCGGAUCUUCUAUAUUCAUUCUAAUUUGUCCUCUGUCCCCUGGGAGGGCAGCACAGCAGCAGGGGCUCCCUCUUCUCCUACACCUGGUCACUACCAUGUCCUCUACCGAGGGUGUGGAGAAACCCAGGUGGGCUGGCAUGGGGAGACGUACUGCCUGGUUGGUGGCUACCGGACCUAUGGGGAUGCUCCUGUGGCCACCCCAGCAAAGACAGAAGCAGAGAAACCAAUUCCCAGCCAGGCUCCCAAAAGACGUCGAGCUAUGGCAGAGUCAAAUAAAGACGUACGUUGCUCCAGCCCCAAAAUUCGGCGAUUGAAGCAUGGUGGCAGGAGGAUGACCCCAAAGAAGCUUGCUGACUGAGCCACUUUACAGGAAUGGCAAACAUUUAACUGCCUAAGACAGCUAAUGCCUCUUAAUGAAGUGACCCCCCACUGCCCACCACUGGAGAUUAGAACCUGAGCCAUUCUGUCGGAGCCUUCUUCAGCCAGGAGCCUCCUUCCAUACUAACUGGCCAUGGGCAAGGAGCCAUAGAAGCUGAGGUUUGAAAUGAAAGCCUGCUCUGAACAUCCCAGAGCCAAAACUGGC